AUGAACUUCACCACCUUUGAGUAUUUUCCCCGUAUGACCUACCACCGGGAAUAUGCCUUGCGUAUGGAGAUGUCGAUCCCCGAUCCCAAUGAAUGCCCUUUCCCGUACAUUCAAAUAUUCGACCUGGACAGGAUUGAGGAUUUUCAGGACGCGAUUGACCACGGUUAUUUGAACGUGGCCGCUUCCCAAGGCGAUCUGUAUCGGAUGGUCCCCUUGGACAUUUCACCCAACGGCGCAGGUUCUCCGGCGACGUGCUACGAGCGGUACCGAACUCGAAUGGAAGAGGCCAACGGCUAUGUAGUGGAAGUGCAGACUGAGUUGAAAGGCAUCGGGUCCCGCUGGGCCGCCAGCGUAGCGCAACAAGACGGUAAACGCAUGGAUGCCGCACGCGCCGCGCUGGCGGCUGGUGAUCUGGAAACGGCGGCACAGUACGGCAGGGUUUAUCGGCUUGAACCGGUGGACGUAGAGCCCUUGGUCAAGCCGUGGCGGCCGUCUGAGAAGGAGGCCGAAUGGAAGGCGGGACAGGAGGCGGAGGGCCAGGCGACCGCGUGA